AUGGAGAACAGAAUGCGGGGCCCCGCAGCCGCGGCUCCCCAGGCUCCAUCUCUGCAAAGGCCGCGCAAGCCUUCCUUGCACCUGCUGGUGCCUGGGGAGCAGCGUAGCCUCUCCAGGAGCGCGCCCUGCCCUCCUGCAGCUCCUCCCUGCAGCGACCCAGGGACCCGGACCACCACCUUUCCUUCAAAACAAGCAGCGAUUGUCCUCCACCGUCCCGACCACCCCGAUCGUGCGCCCUGGAUGCGCGCUGCUCCUGCGGACGCCGCGUGCAGGGCGCUGAGAGGAGGCGUCCCUCUUUAUAGCGCUGGCGGUGGACACCCCCUUGGGGGCUGGCUAAGAACCUGCAUGAGUCACGCCCCAAGAAUGCUGGGGAAUUGCACCCGGAGCUUUCUGGAAGCGCGCACCCCAACGCACGCACGGGGCGCGGGCCGGUGCAGUGCUGGGCGAGGCCGCCAGAGAGCGCGUCGGAAGAGCUCAAGCCCCAAACAGACCCCCUACUGGUGCAAUGAUGUGUUAAAGGCCGUGCUCGUUCUGCGCCCGCUGAGCCCCGGGGAGGCGCUCGCGGAGGGCCGCGCGGAAGUUGAUGUGGGCCUGGGCCCAAGCGUGACGAGGAGGAAGGGAGGGAUCGCGGAGGAGGAGGAGGAGGGGGAGCCGCGGGCCCUGGUCUGCGGCCGGCCCGGCCUCCAGCGGGAAGCGCGAGGCGCUGCGGGAUGGGCAGCGGGGCGCCCCGAGCCUGCGAGCCGACAGACACCCCGCUGGGCGCGCCCCGAGCCUGUGAGCCUGCGGACCCAUCCACAGCCUUCUGGGCGCACCCCGAGCCCUCGAAACCGCCGAUCACCCCCUGGGCGAGCCGUCCCUUUGGCCCCGCGCUCCCUGCACCCCCGGACAGCUCCAGGGAACUGCUCGGAGAUAGGCGGCCCGGUGCUCUCACUCAGGACCCCUGAAGACUCCCCCCAGCACCCCAAAGCUGCUGCGGCCUGCCACAGGGGGCCCUCCCAAGGCCAGGGCAGAAGGCACCAUGAAAGACAGCACACGGGGACCCCCAAGAUCCGCAUACAGUGGCAUGGGUGCUGGGUCAUGGAUGGGAGUUCCAAACAUCCUGCUGAUGUUUUUGUCCUGGAAUUGGAAAAGGAGGAAGAGAAUGACAUCGACUGGCAAAGGUCCAAAGGUCCUCCCCCACCCCCUAGAGCAAAACAUGGAUUGCCCGUGGUACGGUCAGCCAGUGGCGAUGGAGAUGUGCUGUGUGUUGCUGAGGAGCUGGAAGAUGAUGAAGACAUGGCGUCCUUCCCAGGAGCACGGGCAGGCCUGUCCGGCCCACGCUGUAGCCGCUGCCAGCGGACACUGUCACUGCACACGUCCGUGCGGAUCCUGUACCUCUUCCUGGCCCUUCUGCUGGUGGCUGUGGCAGUCUUGGCCUCCCUGGUUUUCAGGAAAGUGGACUCACUGUCUGAAGGUGUCUUGCUGGCCCAGGCUGCGUAUGACAGGAAGCUUGUGUCCAUGCAGGAGAACCUCCAGGGGCUGGACCUGCCAGGACCCAACAAUUGCUCCUUUUGCCAGGAGGCAGGGCAGCUGGGCCUUGAGAUCCAGAAGCUGCAGGAGGAGCUCGGGGGUCUCCAAAAGCUGCUCAUGGCCCAAGAGGCACAGUUGGGCCAGACGACUCAGACACACCAAGUCCUCUCAUCUACCAGCUCCCAGAUGGUGCAGGACACGGGUCGCUGCUCCUUCUCUGCCCACCAAGUCAACCAGUCUCUGGGGCUCUUCCUGGGCCAGGUGCAAGGCUGGCAGGCCGCCACAGGCCGCCUGGACCUGGCGCUGAAGGACUUGGCGCAGGAGAGUGAGGGCGUGCAGACCUCACUGCAGCAGAUCAACUUCACAGCCGGACAGACGUCUGAGUGGAUCCAGGGGCUGCGCCGCAAGACGGCCGAGGAGACCCUGACACUGCGGAAGCUGGUUAGCGACUGGCAGAACUAUACCCGGCUCCUGGGCGGUCUGCGCAUCUCAUCGGCCAAGACAGGGGACGCGGUGAAGAGCCUUCAGGCCACACUGGGCACCGCCUUGCAGCGUGCGGGCCAGAACGCAGACAGUGUUCACGAGCUGGCACUGCAGGUGAUGGGGUUGCAGUUGCAGCUAGACAACCUGUCGUCGUCGUUGGAUGACCACGCAGAAAACAUGCAUGACCUAGACUACCACGCACGCUAUGCGCAGAACCGCACUGUCGAGCGCUUCGAGACACUCGAGGGCCGCAUGGCCUCGCAUGAGGUGGAGAUCAGCACCAUCUUUGCCAACAUCAACGCCACUGACAGCCACGUGCACAGCAUGCUCAAGUACCUGGACGAUGUGCGGCUGAGCUGCACGCUGGGCUUCCAUUCACACGCUGAAGAGCUGUACCAGCUGAACCAGACAGCGGCCCUCGCUCUGGCCACCUCCAGCCUGCUGCGUCAGCGCCUUGGCCUGCUCAGUGUCCGGCUUGACUGGGACGUCCGUAACCUGUCCCUGGUCAUGGAAGAGAUGAAGGCCGUGGACACACGGCAUGGGGAGCUUCUCCGCAAUGUCACCAUCCUACGGGGUGCUCCAGGACCCCCAGGGCCUCGAGGACUCAAGGGCGACGUGGGAGUGAAGGGAGCUGGCGGCGGCAGAGGACCCAAAGGAGACCCGGGCAGCUGGGGACCCCCUGGGCCUCAGGGACCUCAGGGCCAGUCGGGAGAGCCUGGACCUCAGGGCGAGCGGGGCCCUGGGGGUCCUCGAGGGGUUCUGGGCCUCAAGGGCUCCAAGGGCAGCUUUGGGGCAGGGGGCCCCCGUGGCCUGCCAGGCCUCAAAGGGGAUGUGGGACCUCCAGGCUCACAGGGUCUCCCUGGGCCUCCAGGGCCCCCUGGGCCUCAGGGAAAGCCAGGCCUGGCUGGGAAGACGGGGCGGCCUGGUUUCCAGGGGCCCAUGGGACCUAAAGGUGACCCAGGGAUCCAGGGGCCCCCCGGCCCUACAGGAGACCCUGGUCCUCCUGGAAGCCAUAACAGCUACUGA